CCAGGAAAUGACUUUGCUGUUUCUGGAGAUAACGUGAAGCACAGCAGAUGGUCCCUCUUUCACACGAUGGCAGAAGCAAGUAUUCCAGUGGAUCAGGUUGACUUCAUGUGUCCAGUGUGUCUGGCUCUGCUGAAGGAUCCAGUGGCCAUUCCCUGUGGACACAGUUACUGUAAGAUCUGUAUUACAGACUGCUGGGAUCAGGAGGAUCAGAAGAGAGUCUACAGCUGUCCUCAGUGCAGACAGACCUUCAGUCCAAGACCUGCUUUAGCUACCCAUGUGCUGCUGGCAGAAAUGCUGGAGAAACUGAAGAAGACCAGGCUCCAAACCGCUGACUGUUCCUCUGGAUCUGGAGAUUUGGAGUGUGACAUCUGCACUGGGAAGAAACUCAAAGCUGUCAAGUGCUGUCUGGUGUGUCUGAACUCUUACUGUCAGAAUCACCUCCAACAACACCAGAGAUCGUUCAGAGGCAAGAAACACAAACUGACCAAUGCCACUGGACGACUGCGGGAGACGAUCUGCCAGAAACAUGAAAAACAGAGGAUUCUGAAGGAGACACAAGUGAAAUAUCAGGAGAGAAUCCAGCAGAGAGAGAAAGAGUUGAAGGAGCUGAGAGCAGAUGUGGAGUCUCAUAAGCGCUCUGCACAGACAGCAGUGGAGGACAGUGAGAAGAUCUUUACUGAGCUCAUCCGCUCCAUUGAGAAACAUCGCUCUGAGGUGAUGAAGAUGAUCAGAGAUCAGGAAAAGACUGCAGUGAGUCGAGCUGAAGAACAACUGGAGCGACUGGAGCAGGAGAUCAAUGAUCUGAGGAGGAGAGACGCUGAGCUGGAGCAGCUUUCACACACACAGGAUCACAUCCAUUUUCUUCUUGACCUGCAGAGUUUCUCUGUGCCUCCUGAAUCCACAGAGCAGCCCUUUACCAUCAGCUCUCACCUCACUUUCAAUCAUGUGAAGAAAUCGUUUUCUAAACUGAAAGAAAAGCUGGAGGAUUUCCGCAAAGAGAUUGAACAGAUUUCUAACAGAGUAACGUGCAGUGAAAUCAAUUGCCUCAAAGAACCGAAGACCAGGCCAGAGUUCCUGCGAUAUAGCAGGAUUCUUACUCUGGAUCCAGACACAGUGAAUAAAUACAUCCAUCUGUAUGAGGGAAACAGAGCAGCUAAAAGCACUGAAACAGUCCAGUCGUAUCCUGAUCAUCCAGACAGAUUUGAUGUGUGUCGUCAGGUGUUGUGUAGAGAGAGUGUGUGUGGACGCUGUUACUGGGAGAUUGACUGGAGUGGAAAUGAUGGUGUGGAUAUAUCAGUGUCAUAUAAGAGCAUCAGCAGGAAAGGACACGGUGAUGAGUGUGCUUUUGGAUUUCGAGAUCAUUCCUGGAGUUUGAUCUGUCGUCCCACCAGUUACUCAAUCUGGCACAAUUCCCAAUGGAAUCUUAUCCCUGUAUUUCCCAUCAUCAGUAGAAUAGGAGUGUAUGUGGAUCACAGAGCAGGAACUCUGUCCUUCUACAGCGUCUCUGACACAAUGAACCUCAUCCACACAUUCCAGACCACAUUCAUGCAGCCGCUCUACCCUGGGUUUUAUGUUUAUAAAGGAUCAUCUGUCAAACUCUGUGAUCUGACAGAAGAGAUCAUGCCUGUUCAAACUUAUUUUUGAGCCAAGUGGAUUUUAAAAUGCAGCCUCCAAAUGAUAAAUAGCCAAAUAUUUUAUAUACAUAUUUGAUACUAUCACACCAGUGUUGGGCAGUAACUAUUGGCAGUAAUAUGACUUUUUGCAAAUAUGACUAGUAGUGUAACUAAUUACUAACAAGAUUUUAGUAAUAUGACAGUUACUAUCAAUAAAUCAGCUUUUUACUUUGAUUUACUUUACGUUUGAUGCCUCUACCCCAUCUGAUUUAAAAUCCAGCAAUCCAAUAAUUCCUAAAAUUGAUCUUCAUCAUUUUCAUACAAGUACAUGAAAAGCUUACAUUCAGUGGAUGGAAAUAUUGCCAUUACAUUGAUUUUGUCAAGAGAAAAGAUGAUCUGAUGUGUAAUUUGUGUCAUUACUUUGGCCUUAAAACUCACUGAUCCUGAUAGAAACUGUAAAAAACCUUUGUUGAGAAUAAAUAAUUUGCUUAUGAA